GUACCUCGGUCCGAACUAGACCUUUGGCCACCUAUGUCAAUUUGGGCGACCCUGACGAUGGCGAAGAAGAAGAGGCAGAGAGUGAAGGCAAGGAGAGAAACCUGAAGAACAAGGAGGAGGUCAAACCGCCCGGUGCCGACAAGGUCGAAGAAGAGGAUGACUUGCCAGACGAGGUGGCGAAGCCGGCAGCUGGCCCAGAGUGCCACCUCUUCACACUCUGGGAGUACCCCAGCGGUGCACCGACUUAUGUCCGCCUGAAUAUUGAGUCCUGGCGCCGCCACUCCCAUGGCCGCUGUGGAGAGCCGAUCUUCCUGAAUGAGAAGAACCUCCGGGAGUACAUCCCCGAUCUGCCGGAGGAGUACUUCAAGCUCCCAUACCAGGCUUGCAAGUCUGAUGUGGUCCGGUAUGCCGUUAUCUACCAUCAUGGUGGCAUCUACAUGGACACGGACUUCCUCGUGGUGCAGGAUUUGGAUCCUGUCAUCGAUGUGCUCAACAUGGACUUGGUUUCAUACUCUGGAAGCAAUCCUAGAGGCAAGGAGUGUCCCGCUUCCUUCAGCUCGAACUUCCUCGGCGGUCGAAAGGGGAGCCGCUUUCACAAAGCGGUCUACGAUGCACAGAUCGAGAAGAUGCGAAACUUCUGCCCGGUCUCUGAGAAGGGCAAGCUCGUGAAUGGGAAGGAGCGGUUCUGCUGCUUUGAGGAGAAGGGUGUCCUGUGCGAUGUGCCAUGGGCUUCCAUCGGGGAGGGCGUUUCCCACGAUGUCCUCAAAAGGCUCAAUGCUGGGCCGGACCGCAUCACUUCCCGCUGCUUUGCCGGAGACGAUUCGUUCGUUCCUAACGACAUGGAAGGGGUGCUGCU